GGUAUCUUUUUUUAUAUUUUGAUGGGUUUGCAUGUAAACCGCUCAACCGCUUACCCAGGAAGCAAUGGAGGGGGUUCGUCAAUUUGUCUGCUUUUCACAAUGUACCGCUACUGGAGCUGCAGUAUCCGCAAGUUUGUUUAUUUGUGGCCUUUUUGCAGCAUGGUACAGAAAUGCGACUUCCGAAAACAUGUCCAGGUCUGCAGCAGGUCUGAUGCCAAGCUGCACAAAGCAGCAGCUCACUUGAUAAUCGUUUGUCUGAAGAUCACCACAAUUGUCCAUCAUGCUACUGGCGGUAGCACUACUUUUAUCGACUUUGAUACUGCGAUUGGACGGGAGGUUUUUGGAAAUCAGCAAACAACCACCCGGAACCGUUGCGAUUGUGCCAAAUGAUGACGACGGCGAAAGUGUGCUGUUCGGACCGUUACUUGACGAUCUGCAAGAACUCGACCGCGAAAAAGGCAAGUGAAACACGCUCUUACCCAUGUCCGUGAAAUGGUGAUAAUGUCUAAUCUUGGGAUUUUCUUCUCAUUACCUUUCGCUUGAAUUGUGUUUCGAAUUGGAAAAAACAAACAAAAAUUAUCAUGAAACGCAGCUAGUGAAAUGAUUUCGGUGAAACUGUUAAACCAGUAUCAUGCGAAAACAUUCGAUGUCGAAGAUCAGCUUAACGGUAACAAUGUGAUCCUUGACGAUGGCCGUCCAUUAUCAACUGGGUUGGACUAUGGAGCGGUGAACGAUUUGCAAGCACAUGGCAAUCACCACGAGACACCUUUCAUUCACCCAUCUCCGAUCGAUGCGGAUGUGAUCGACAUGAAGGAAAAUGUUAUAGAGCAAGAUUUUGCCCCAACCGAAACGAUCGUUGACAAACGUUUGCUGAAAGGUUGGAUUCAAUCCGCCAACAGUGUGGCACCAUCGAGCGAGAACAAUUUGCCAACUGGUAGUACCGCUGUGGUUACAUCUCGCAAAAAUAAAGCUAAUUCGAUGCCAGAUACUACUGCUACUACUACUACCACCAUGACAACUACUAGCACAACCACGAAAACGACUACCGUGCGUAAAGUACAACGCAAGAUACGUCGGUUACAGUCGGUUAGCAGUUCAAGUAGUACUCACCGGCCAAGUAGUAGUACACAGCAAACAUCGUCGAGCAGAGUGGUGACACCGACGACAACAACGACCACAAGCGCAAAGCCACACAUUCCCAAGAUAGACAUAACAAAGCUAAACCUGGAUCAUCUUGAAAAUGACCUGCUACCCUUUCCCACCCUGAUUCCCCCGCAGGCUUUAGCACUUCCGCCCGUUUCCUCAUCCGCUCGGUUACUUCCGAGAAGUAUAAAGCCGGACGAAGUGAUUCCCACCUGCGGCUGUCAGCACAAGAAGCGAUCACUCGCGAAGGAUCUCUACUCGUCCGAGGAAAUGCUUGAUCCCGUCGAUGACUACUACGAUGACUACGAUUAUAAUGAGGUGCAAAAGAUGAUUAGUCCCCGAUCGCUUGCCAAUCGGCCAAUGUUAUUCCCGGCCAUGUCGCGACUGCUAGCUGCUGGUUCUGGCGAAAUGCCGGAGAGUAGCAUCGAACGGGCGGAAAAAGUACAUGGCACACUGGAAAGGUUGAUGGGCAUCGUGACGAUCUUUUCACAUGUUGAUGAAUUUAUUCAGCGCAAAACGAAACAAUCGAUACGACGGUUGGCACGUCUCUAUGAAAGCGACGAAGUACAUUAAGCUUAGCGGAUCAACAACGAUCGAUGCGGUUUUUGCUGGUGAUUUUCCGUUCAUAAGACAUGUUUACUGUAUUGCGAUCAUUGUGGCGAUUGGAUUGGAAGCUUUGUUAAUGUAAUGUUCCUGUAAAUAUAAUUAUCUAGAUUCGUUUCAAAGUUCGAUCGCGUGAAUAAAAGCACAUCCGUCCAGA